UGGGUGGUUGCAGUGGUAGUGUGAGAGCUUGCUGACCGAAAAGUGGAAUCCGGUCCCCUGUGUUCGUGGAGUCUCAGCCGCCAAGGAUCUUAGGGCUGGUUCCCGUCCCUUCGGAGCCCCGGAGGCCAAACUGGGAUUACAAGUUUAAGGUUUCCUAGAGGGCGAAAGAUAAGGAGCCGACCUCCCCCCCCCGCCCCCCGCGGUGUCUGCUGCGGGAGCGGCCAACCCCUACCCGAGUUAAAACUCCCGGGGAGUCUUCGCUGCUCCCACCUCCGCUUCUCCCGCCACGCUCCCACUUGGGGUUCCCCCCAGCAGGGCCGCGAGUCGCCGCGGUCGCCGCAGCUUGGCUGGGGGCUGGAUGUGCGCUCCCGCGGAUUCCCGGGAAUCUGGAAGCGGCCGCUGAGCCGCGGCGCGGGCGGAAAGUUUGUAUUCGCCCGGUGCAGCCUCACCCCGCAGGGGCGUCCACCAUGAUCACCCGUGUCUUCAGCGUGCGCGUGUGGGCCCCGGUGGGCGUCUUGACUUCGCUGGCGUAUUGCGUCCACCAGCGGCGGGUGGCCCGGGCCGAGACCCCGGGGGCGCCUAGCCAGCGUCCCGUCGACCGGAGUCUGCUGGAAUUGAAAAUGGUGCAGGUCGUGUUCCGACACGGGGCGCGGAGUCCUCUCAAGCCGCUCCCGCGGGAGCAGGCAGAGUGGAAUCUCCAGCUAUUAGAGGUCCCACCCCAAACUCAGUUUGAUUACACUGUCACCAAUCUAGCUGGUGGCCUGAAACCACAUUCUCCUUUUGACUCUCAGUACCGUAAGACCGUACUCAAGGGAGGCAUGUUUGCUGGACAGCUGACUAAUGUGGGCAUGCAGCAGAUGUUUGCCCUAGGACAGAGGCUGAGGAAGAGCUAUGUGGAGGACAUCCCCUUUCUUUCACCAACCUUCAAUCCACUGGAGGUCUUUGUUCGUUCCACUAAUAUAUAUCGGAAUCUGGAGUCUACCCGAUGUUUGCUGGCUGGGCUUUUCCAAAGUCAGAAAGAAGGACCCAUCGUCAUCCACACUGAUGAAGCAAACUCUGAAGUCUUGUACCCCAACUACCAGAACUGCUGGAGCCUGCAGGAGAGAACGAGAGGCCGGAGGCAGGCUGCCUGUUUGCAGCCAGGAAUCUCCGAGGAUUUGCAAAAGGUGAAGGAAGGGAUGGGCAUUGCCAGUAAUGAUGGAGUAGACUUCCUCAGCCUCCUUGACAAUGUGGCUGCUGAGCAGGUGCACAGCCUCCCGAGCUGCCCCACACUGAGGAGAUUUGCACAGAUGAUUGAGCAGAGAGCUGUGGACACGGCCUUGUACGUUAUGCAGGGGGAAGACAGGGAGAGCCUUCAGAUGGCAGUUGGCCCAUUCCUCCACAUCCUGGAGAGCAACCUGCGGGAAGUCAUGGACCCUGCCACCGCACCAGGCAAGACCAGAAAGCUGUACCUCUAUGCGGCUCACGAUGUGACCCUCAUGCCUCUCUUAAUCAUCCUGGGGAUUUUUGACCACAAAUGGCCCCCGUUUGCUGUUGAUCUAACCAUGGAACUCUACCAGCACCGGGAAUCUAAGGAGUGGUUUGUGCAGCUCUAUUACCAUGGGGAGGCUUCCCUGAAGGUUGGAGUUGGGGUGAGGUGGCAUGACCCACAGUCUCCAUUUUGGAAGCAAAGAUCCAAACUGGUAUCAGAACUUGAGAGAGCACCGGUCCGGGAAUCACAGGCUGCGAGUUCAAGUCCUACCUCUGUAUGUACCAUCUGUGUGACUUUGGAAUUAUCCCCGGGCUCUUCUCCUUGAUUAGCUAUGCCAUGCACUUAAUGACGUGAGGAGGAAAGUGCCAUACAAAUGUAAGGCAUCACUCACAUUAUUCCUCAGAAACCUCUUCGGAGCGUUCCUCUGAGGGUUCCCGAGGCAUGGGCACCCUGUGCUGGAUAGCGUACUGUUGGUGAGAAGAUCCUGGUGACUGUUUUGGGGGAGUUUAAGCCGCUUGUGGGACGGGGAAAGAAACGCCUACCUUGGAGUAAAGAUAAAGAGUCAGGGAUUUGGAUUCCAGCCUUAAUGCUCUCCCGGGCCCUAUGACCUUGGACAACCCACUUAACAUUGCAGAGCCUCUGUUCAUGAGAAUAUUGAUGGGGAGGCUGCUCUCUGUGAGUGGGAGGGAGCAAGUGGUAGAGGGUGAGAGCAAAAGAGCUCUGUGAAAGGUCUGGAACAUGUAGCUGCUCAAGAACAGCUUCUUGAAUGAAUCUACAUCUUCAUGUGUUUGGGCCUUAAACUAGACUUCAGUGGUGCUCACCAUAGGCCCGGAAGUGUGAGUUGCUCCUUGUGGUGUGGGGAUCCUUAUAGAAGGCAGGUGUGUGCUUUGGAAUCCAAGGCAUGGCCCAGGUAAACAAGUAAAGCAGGUGUGCCAUGAGGUUGGGGCCAAUGGUGAUAAGGCUGUUUAUACCGCUUGGGAAAGCAGGGCAUUUUUCUCUGAGGCAGGCUUUCUGCAGAGGAAAAUCUGGAUUCGAGAGAGAUUAAACGUCUCAAAGGUAAAGGAGAGAUGUAAGGAAAUGGCCUGCACUGAAUCACUGCAAAGGACAGUAUUCAUCAGAGAAUUAAUUUGGAAGGAAAUAGAGUGUGAAAUAGCAGCAGAGCUUUCAACUCUGGGCACUGUGGCCUUAGAAACGAGGCUUGCCAAGGCCCAGCCAGGGAGCUCCUUCCAGAAAAGCAGUCGGGGAUGCCCAGAGACCACAAAUUGCUGAGCUCGGAAGGAACUGAUUGAGUGUGUAAUUAAGGGGAGGGUUGUAUAACACUUGGGUAAGUCGAAUUUGAUGGGGUCAAACCAGCGGGGCUUCUGGGAGAUGAGAGAGCGGUCCCUGGAGCUGUUAGUAAGGGAAGCCAGAUGCAUAAGUUUAGAUCCAGCUUACCUGGGCCUUGUGGAGACGAGGAUGGAAAAGAUCAGGAAGGGGAAAGGUUGAGUGAGUGUUCCCUAAAUCAGAGGGUCCCCAGAUGCUCAAUACCAUGGUGGUUCUGUUCUGGGAGUGAGGUAACAUUGCGGAGCAAUGGGAAAAAUCCCCAGAAACUGAAAGAUCAGAGGGCCUGUGACUUGGCCAAGGACCCAUAGCAUGAAGGAGCUCUAAUGGACUCUGAGUCCUGAUUGUGGGUCCAGAGUGCGUCUUGCGGUGCCACGCUGAGGGUGACAGUUGGAAGGGAACUGGCCAGUGUGUGAAGGGGGUGUCCUGUAUCCAGGAUGAGGGUAAUCCCGGGAAAGGGUACCAUUCACAGUAUAUCUGUGGACAAGAUGGAUAUGUGUUGGCCAGAUACUGAAACAAUUAACUGGUUGAAUUCCUAUACCCCAAAUCCCUACCUAAUAUUCCCUAAUCCGCAAGGCCCCACCUGACAGGACCCCUGCCCACCCUUCCACCUCAUCCCCUACCCCUUGCUUUCCCCUCAGAUCUUGAGAUGUUGGCUCCUGUUUGUGAUUCAGACCUCAGCUUGAAUGUGAUUCUGUUCCUUAUGUGCUUAUGUGUAUGGUUAAUUUAGCGUUUACUUUUGUAGAGAUACACCAGAAGCCCGGUGGCUAGACGCUCAGGCCCUGCAGCCGGACUGCCGAGGUUGACGGUCCAUCAUUUAGAAUCUGUACGAUCUCGAGCAAGUAACUUCACUCCUCUGGGUCUCUGUACACUUAAUCUAGAAAAUGGAACAGUGAUAGUAUUUACCUCACAAGAUUUUGUGAAGAACAAACACGUGCAGUGUUUAGAACAAUGCCUGGCACAUAGGAAACACUCAAUAAAUGUCAGCUAUCAUUAUUA